UCUACGAAAAAUGCCUCUCGAUACAUCUACAACAUAUCCCCUGACCAAACUGCGUCUUGAUGGCCGUCGCUGGAACGAACUCCGUCUCCUGCAGGCGCAGAUCUCCACGAACCCCGCCAGCUCCGGAUCCUCGUACCUAGCCAUGGGCAACACGGCAAUCAUGUGCUCCGUUCACGGUCCCGCGGAGGGUCGUCGCGGCGAUGCCACCGGCGGCGCUGCCGGGUCGUCGGGGGCCGUCGUCGAGGUGGACGUCAACGUGGCCGGGUUCGCGGGGGUGGAUCGCAAGAGAAGGGCGGGCGGAAGUGAUAAGCAAUCGUCGCGCAUCGCUACCACGCUCCGAUCGGCCUUCCAGUCUCAUCUUCAUACCUACCUGUACCCGCACAGCACGAUCAGCAUCCACGUCUCGGUUCUGUCCGCCGACGGAUCGCUCCUGGCCGCGGCGAUUAAUGCCUGCACGCUGGCUCUGGUGGACGCGGGUGUCCCGAUGCCGGGUCUGCUUUGUGGCUGCACGGCCGGGAUGAGCGGGAGUGCGUCCACGCCACGAGACCCGCGGAACGACACCCUCGACCCGCUGUUGGAUCUGUCGCUGCCCGAGGAGCAGGAGCUGCCGUUCCUGACGGUGGGAACUACGACAUCCGUGCCGGUGGGCGAGCAUGCGAUGGACGACGAGGAGGAUAUGAAGGUGACGAUGCUGAACAUGGACUCGAAGGUGCACUGCACGUAUGUGGAGACGAUGCUGGCGGUGGGCAUUGACGGGUGUAAGCAGAUCCGGGAGAUUCUGGAGGCGGUGAUCAAGGGGUCGAAUCGGCUAUAGCUAGGUUUCUUUUCUGUCUGUUUGGGCUGUUGGUCAUCAAAAGCAUGUUAUGUAUAUGUAUACCCAGAGAGUGCAAUUCACGGUGUUGGUCUCACUUUUCUACUAGCUGUAAGCUACAGUCAGUGUCAUUUAAUCAAGGGAUGACAUUCUUUAAUCGACCUACAGAAGCAUGGAAGCUAGCCCUAACUCAUUCAUAACGUUUCCAAACGAACCGGGUAGAAAGGCUGCUCCCGUGGACAUUGGGUAUACUUUGAGCAAACAGUAGGACCACUACAAAGUAUCGGACCAUAUGAAGCAAAGCUCAAUGCCAAGACGUUUCACUAUCGAGAACGAUAAUCUGAGCAAUUAACCUCCCGAACGUGAGCUACACCGUAUACUAGUGUAAGCCCAUAAACUGAUCUGCAGCUCGGCCAUCAAGAACAAGAAACAACUGAACCCUAGCUCAUCACCCUCCACCCUGAAUAAUCUCAAUAACAAUCAAACGAUCGAAUCAAACGAUCCAACUUCCAAAUGACAACUCAGCAAGAGUCCCCUGUCGACAUGAAAACAUAGGAAAGAAGACAUCACCAACCCAACCAACCUCAA